AUGUCGAGCAAAUCGCCGCCGUUGAACCUGGCUCUCGCAAGCGGAAGAGGGAAGACUGUUAAGCAAGCGGAGCUCGUAACGAACCUCCUCAACAUGGAUGCUCCUUCAACCAGCUCCAAAGCCAAGCAUAUUCGGGAGAUCCAAAAGGAAAAGGAAAUCCUGUACAUAGGCCGACCUGCUAACCGCAUCGGUCCUCCUGUGGCUCUCUACCAUUCUGUCUUUGGCGAAUUUGUGCAGGGUUUCGAGAAUGAGUCAAUGCAGAUAUCUGAUGACGUUGCGAAAGUCACCAUGGACGUAAUUGAUGCAGCGCAAGAGUUUUAUGAUUCGGAAAAUGACCGCGUCAGGGCCAUGAACCGGCCCCUUUCUGAGAUUUUUGGAGCUAUGCCAAGAAUUUUGAAUGCUGAUAACAGUGAAAUCGAUGCAAUUGUGUCGAUGCAACCCGAUGGACUGAAUCAGGAAGCAGCACUGGCGGUUAUAGAGUAUAAGAAUGAGGUUGGGACAGGGUCGAGUGAUCCCACGAUUCAAGGGGACAUCAUCUUCGGGAGAUACUGGUCUCAGGACGAGUCCUUGAAACGCGGUUUUGAGAGGCUCCGUGGCUAUUACAAUUCUGUGAAGAACUUCCCGCUUAAUAAUGAAGCGCGAUUUUUCCCGUACCUUCAACAUUUCAAAUCCAACAACAACAUUAUGCAGUUUGUCUAUAUUGACAAAUUAAUCGAGGACCCCACAAAGACACUGUGGCUCGCAAAUACCCAAGAUGAUGGGGGGAAAAUUGUUAUCAAAUAUGUUGAAAGGAUACCAAUGAUUGCAAUGGAAUACAUCGAGGGUACCACACUACACAAUUUUUUCAAACGCGAUCCAGCCAUAACCACCAGUAUCUAUGAAGAUUUAGAGAAAGCUAUAACACAGGUGCUUCAUCCUCGGGA